UCCAUCAGCUGGUUUAUACUUUGUCGCAGCGCUCGCAUAAACAUGGUUUCUAGUUUCCUCACGAGGAAAUAAUGAUCGCUUUUUUUCUCUAUUAGGGCUUCAUUUUUUUGCAUUAUAUAUUAAGACAUUAUCCAUUCAUUCCGAGGCUGAAUGCGUCUCGGUAGGCAAUAUUUCGAAGAACGAGUACGCGCGCGAGAAAUCGCGUGGAAGACGAUGUCCUUGAUCGAUGCAAGUGACAUUUGAAUCUCGCUGUUUAGUGUGAUUGUUUCCUUCCGUCUUAAUGAUGGCGGAUGAAUCGUUCACUGAUGGCAGAGCAUCGGAAGAACCAUACACAAGGGUACGAACCUUGGGACGUGGGGCAUUCGGCGAGGCAGUUUUGUAUCGCAAAACAGAGGUAGGAAAAUGGGAAGUCAGUCUGCGUUUUGCCACAACAAGCUAGUCUGCAUCGAUCUAGGCAAAAUGUGCAAACUCUAUCCAUUUUGCAAAUUUUAUCUCUCUCCAGCGAUCUUUACAGCAGAAAAGUGUUGAUAUAUUUUUUAAGAUGCUGGAUAUCAGAUAUUUUUCUGUUCGUGGCAAAUUUAUUUGAUUCUUAGAGAGACCACCUGCCGAAAUGAUUGAAAAAGAUGGAAAUCGCUUUUGUUGACUUUGAACGAAUUGCAAUUGUAUUUGAUUAUAGGAGAAGUUACUUCUUCAUGAUAAAGCCUGCAUCUUAAUUAAUUAAAAUGGCUUUGGCAAAGUAAUGUUUUAGAUAUAAAAAAAUGAUGGUAGUUUGAGCGCAUACUUGUAUCAAGUUGCCACAUGUUGAAAGCUCUGAAUAAAUUUGUGUUUUUAAUCAAGCUUAAGUGAUUAAAGUGGCUAAAAUUCCGCAUUGGUAGCUAAAUUUUCCGCUUUUAUAACAUAAUUUCUCUAUUUAUGUGUACAUUUUUUUCAAUACUCAGAGGGAUAUAAUUUACCAAACCUACCUAUCAAGAGGCUAAAAUGCCUACUAAACGUUUUAAAAGAGAAAAAUUUACAGCUUAAUUUGCAGUUUAUUUUUUCCAAGACCAGAGACGAUUUCAAGAUCAUUCAAUAAAUAAGUUUCACACAAUUUUGGUAGCUUAUUUAGCAGUGUACAAUAUUUUACUCUGAGUCAAAGAGAUCAAGUUGUCUCAUUGUCCCCACGUUAGUAAGGGUGUAAUUUUCAGCAUUUUGUUAAUUUCAAAUGUGGAAGUAUACUCAAGUGACCUUUGAAAAUAUAAGCUUGCCUUAAUCUAGCACUUUAUUUAAAUUUGAUUAAAAGAAAUAAAUUUAAUCUUCAGAGCAUCAUGCAGCGAACUAUGGAAAAUUAGUAAUUCAGGAAUCAGUAGAAGUGUAAGCAAGUGGUUAUAAUAGUGAUAAUCAGCUUAUGAUAAUGCAGUGUUGGUGAGUUUCAGAUAUAAUGUUACUCAUCAAAGAAAUGUGAGAGGUUUAUUUUUGGAAAGCUGCACUUGAAAUGUUUGGUUUUAUCAUAAGCUGUUUAGGAUAACUAAUCCUGUCUGGAUUUAGAUUACUGUCAUUUGAUAUCCAGAGAAAUAAUAAGACAAGACAAGUUAAUACUCAGAGGAUUACACUGCAUGCUUAUAAUGAGUGGAUCUGCAGAGGUCACUACUAGAGAAAUACUUCAAAUUCUUUAACUUGUUAUUCUUAUUUGUUGGGCAGAGCAUGUCUCAUUUAUCUACACAUCAAGUUGUGGAGAUUUUUAAAACCAGCUCCUCUUUGCCCGUGAAUAAGCUGGCAAUCAUUUAGGAUCUUGUAUUGUUUAUUCAAGUUUAAAAUGACAUUUUUUCACCUUUGGAAUCAAAGAUUUAUAUUACAACACAUGACACACAAAAAAAAAAAAAAGAUGGAUGCCUAUUAACUUUGAUAAGCGAGCAAUUGUUGAAAUAUUGUAAUUGGAUGACACGCAAUUAGCACUAAAUAGUGGGCACUUGAUUUGUACUGAAGUGUUUGAUAACAGUAUUUUGAGAUAAGGUAACAAAUCCAAUCCAACAACAUGUUGGCAGAUGCAUUGGUCAAUACAUCAGCCUACAGUCGAUGGACUGCCUAUGGACUGGCAGCCAACUGUUGGCCCACUGGCCAGCAGAUCCUAAAAGUUUCUGUUUUGCUACUGUGUUACAGCGAAUCAGUUGUGUUUUUAAAGUUAAUGUACUAAGCCUUCUUUGGAGUUUAACAGGCCUACAUGGUUAACUGUCAGUAGGCUGGUAGAGUCAAGGGUCCUUACAAUGUGACACUGGCAGAACCUAUAAGUUUCUGUUUUUCCUGUUGUGUUACAGCCAAUCAGUAGUCUUUUUAUAGUUAGGUCUUUUUCCAAUGUAUCAAGCCUUCUUUGGGGCUUAACAAGUCUGCAUGUCAUUCUCUACUACCUCUUCCCCUGUGAGUCCCACCUGUCAGUCAUAAUCCUGCCAUUGAUUUCAUCUCAAUAUUAGCAACCAUUUUGAGAAAAAAUCAGUCUGCUUUUAAUAGUUCAAACAGAUUUUGUUUUUGAUUGGUAAAUUUAAUGUUGUUUAGUACUGUUUGCGAUUAGUUGUUUUGUUAUGUGAUUUCCUAUUUAGGACAAUGUGCUUGUUGUUGUAAAGGAAGUGAACUUGAGUCGAGCAACUGACAAGGAGAGAGUGGAUGCAGAGAAAGAAGUGGAAAUUCUCUCCUUACUAAAUCACACUAAUAUUGUGACAUAUUUCAAUCAUUACAUUGAUGGUACAUCACUGCUCAUCGAGAUGGAAUAUUGCAAUGGUGGAACUCUGAAUGACAAGAUAUAUGGUCAAAAGGAAUUAUUUGCUGAGGAGGUACUCUCAUAAUUCUCAAUGUCCUGUUGACCGGUUAAGUUUUGUGUGUUUUUUAAGUUGAUAUUGCUACCCUAACUAAUGGUACGGUUACUGUACUUAUGGUAGUGAUGAAAUAAAUCACAGAUGUAUUUUCAAUGGUGAAAACUUUAAUUUCGUUUUUCAUUUCAGAUUGUGAUCUGGUAUUUCUUUCAAAUUUGUUCUGGAAUGAGUCAUAUUCAUGAAUGUGGUGUUGUUCACAGGUAAUUGAGUCUUUUCAUUCAAUACCUUUUGACGUUGAAUACUUUUCUCAAAGCUAAUAGAUACAUUUAUCACGUUCAUCUUACUGAGUGAAUGGAGGGGAAAGAAGAGAAAUACUGGGUCACUUUUUUUUAAGCUAAUACAGUAAAUAUUAUAAUGUCCUUGCCAACUGAAUAAAGGGACAGAAGAGAAAAUAUUUGGCCAGAAGUUAUGAAAAACAGAGGGAGCAUCAUUACUAAGAGCCAAAUACUCCUCUGCCCCACCCCACGUUAUUCAUGAGUGAUAAAGAGUGAUGGUCAGUUUUAUCAAAUGACCAUCACUUUUUGGUUUUCUUCUCUCUUCUUUCAACCUGCAUCUCACAAUGCCAUACACUUGAAGCUGAAGCCGUCCCAUUUGGCCCUAAAACUGAUAUUUUUGUCUAAAGUUUUCAAGAAAGCAGACAAUUCAGGGGCAGUGCAGGUCAUGAUAUGUUAAAUUUUAAGGCAUGAUAAUGAAACACUGUGUUUGUUUUUCUUGUUAGAGAUAUCAAGACCCUAAACAUCUUUCUGACCAAAUCUGGACUGGUAAAACUUGGAGACUUUGGCAUAGCAACUGUGUUGAAAAGCUCCAAAGAAUACAUGGCAGAAUCUGUAAGAAAAGUGCCUCAGAGUUUAUUUUUUUCUGAUCUAUAAGAAAGGUUGGGGUGCUAUAUAAUUACAUAUCAGUGUAGUCACCUUAGCCUUUAACACGAAUCAAAACUCAGAAACUGUCAAGCAACUUUUUAUUCUUACGUAUAUGUAAGCUUUUAAAUUACUACUGAUAAUUAUUAAAUAAACUAGGUACAUGAUUGUAUUUUGUCUUAAUUGAUCUCAACAAUUUCUCAUAAAUUCAUCGUUCAGUUCAAAGAGCAGAAAUUGGGGUUGAACUGAGCAACAAAAAAGUUGCAAGAAUUAAGAUGCUAUGUACAUCAAAAUAUUAGAUUUAUCUUAAAGGUUUUUUUUUUUUCAUUUUUUUUUCCAUUUCAAAGCAAUUCAUAGUCUGUGAUGGUUUUUAGGUUGUUGGAACACCAUAUUAUAUGUCACCAGAGAUUGUUCAGGGACAAAAGUAAGUACUUGUUCUUGGGUUUGAUUUAUUUCUUAUAUUUAGUUCAUUCCUGUGAAGGGCCAUUGUUGAUUGAAUUUAACUUUCACUUAAAGGUACAACCAAAAGAGUGACAUGUGGGCUCUGGGGUGUGUCCUAUAUGAGAUGCUCACCUUAAAAAAAGUGUUUGAUGCAACUGUAAGUAAUAAUUAUAAUAAUAAUAAUAAUAAUAAUAAUAAUCACAAUGAUAAUGAUUAAAAAAAAUAAUGUAAUAAUAAUGUUGGUAAUAAUAAUAACAAUUGAGGAUAAGCUAGACUGAUCUUCACAGUAAAGAACAAAAGAACGCUACUUAUAAGCUGUAAUGAAAAUAAAGCUUGAAAAAAUUUUCAUUAUGAGUUAGACUUGAAGUGCAGAAUUACUGCAUGUAAAUGAAGAUGAGAUCCUCGCAAUGAUGAGCAUUACUUAUUAAUGAGCAGGAGUGAAAAUGAAACCUAAAAAAAAUUUGGCCAUGUGGAUUAAUAAAUGAGCACGAGAACAAUCUUCCCAAUAAUGAAACUGUAAUUCAGCAACAUGCUAUCCUUACAUUGACAGUCAUUCAAUCCUCACUUCAUGGGUUUAUUACAAACAAACAAAAAGACCAACUCCCAGAUGGUUUGUUAGCUUGGUUGGUGGAGCUCUGCACCAAUAUCUCGGAGGUCAUGGGUUCAAAUCCCUUACAACCUGAAUAUUAAGAGUGCCCAUUUUAUUCAGAAAUAAUUUAAUCAAACAAAAUUAUAUACAUUAUUUUGUAUAUCAAUUUGUACCUACUUUGAAAAAUAAGUGAAGGGAUUAAAAUUGAAGCUGUUUCUCAGAUGAUUGGGUAACAAAUUGCAAAGCCUACAUCACGUCUUAUACCUGCUGCUAAAGUAAUGAUGAUCUAGAAAAUUAAAGGGGUUCUUUGUGUUUCCUUGUAAAAACACUAACAGUGUUCUUCUCUCUUAGAAUCCUCUUAGAUUAGUAUCUGAAAUAGUGAAAGGGAAAUAUGACGAUAUUGAUCCACAGUAUACUCAAGACAUGAACAGCCUGGUAAAAGUCCUGUUGUCGCAGGUCAGGAGGAAAGAAAUUUCAUGCACAUUAGUUUUUAGUCUAGAGGCCUUCAGCUAAACUCUACAUCUUUGAAAUCUGACCACAUUGUAUUUCUGAAACAAUUACAUGUACUUUAAUUUGACACUAGAAUCCUGAAGACCGGCCAUCAAUCAAUGGAGUUCUUGCUAUGCCUUUGUUGAGCAAUUUAGGAAGGUAUGUGUGACUCACCCAUUCCUUUUAAAGAUCUCCAAAUCAGUUUGUGUAAGAAAUGGAACGUAGGUACAUGUUAUGACUGGUAAUCAUUAAUUACAUAGUUAUGUUUAAUGGGUUCCUAAAAGUUAUGCAAAAAAAUUAUGGAAAUAUUAACAGAAGGAUAGCCAGAGCCAUUAUUAACACUGAAGAAAUAUGACCCAAGAGUGACAGCAAUAAUUUUUUUCAAUCAAUGUUUAUUCAAGUAGCUUUUUUUUUAAUUUUUGCUUGCCAAGAAGGUUUUGAGGUGCACUGAAAUCAAAGCAGAACAGAAUAUUGGAUCAUUUAAAAGUCAGUUACAGGAAAAGCAAUCUUAUAAUUCUCUUUUUUUUUUGCCUUUUCAUAUUCUUCUUCUUCGUGUGCUCAAAGAGAGAUGGAAAAGAAAGUUUGGGAACUAAAUUCUUCAACCAGGCGGGCCAGGUACAGUAUGUGUAUUCUUAUAUUUUUAACUUUCCUCUACACCAGCAAUAUUUUAACUCCAGUGGAAGACCAUUUCACAAAGUCGUUUCAUUAAAAUAAUAUUUAACUCUGCUAGUUACAGCCUACACUCAACUUACGAUGUAUUUCUCAAGACUCGCCGAUCUCAUGCACAAGUCCUCGAAACUGAAAGGGUUUUUUUUCUACCUCUACUUUUUCAGGCUAGUCAGUGGAUCAACUGAAGUUGUUCCUGUGAUUACAGCCAAAACGAGCGAGGUAAGAAACUUGAUGAAGCGAUCAGCCCCUUAUGUAGUGUAUUUGCAUCAGAAUUUCACUUUCAUGCAACGUGCCUGAUCACUUCAACAAUGAGUAAUGCAUUUCUCGUCCUUGUGAAUAAACUUUAAGCGUUAUCAGAUCCGUCACAUGUCCAUUAUUGCAGAGGAUAUAUGCGUUAUUGACCAAGCGUGAGAUAACGAUGGUUUGACAUUGGCCGAGUUCCUUUUUGUUCUUUUUGCGUUUUUAUGGACUGAGACGAGUUCACGUCAAUUCUCUGUUUUUGUUUUCAUUUUUGCGCGGGAUCUAAGCGGGCAAUUCCGAGCGGGCAAGUUGGGCUCAUGUUUCCCGCUCAGGUAACCAAUCAGUUGUCCAAAGGCUCAUGUUUCCUGCUCAGGUAAAAGCCAAUCAGAAAGCACAGGAUUCUUCCCACUUCUCUAAUCGUCCAAAGGCGCUGCCAGUUCCGUUAAAUUCCCCAUGUAUUACUUCAAAAACCAUCAAAGUUCAAAACCAUCAAAGUUCAAAACCAUCAAAGUUCAAAAACCAUCAAAGUUCACACUCUGCGAUAGUUUACAAACUAAAAUAAUUCGGCAGGUCGAAUUUAACACUUUUGCCUGAAGUUUUUAAUUCAGAAUCUUGAAGUGAAAUGUUAAGUGAACUUCAGCCGAAUUAUGGCUCAUAAAAACACGCGGGUUUUUUCACAUGACAAGGUAGAAAACAAACUGUUCAAGGCGAGUGUUUUUUAAAUGAACGACAGCCGAAUUCACCGGAACAUGAAGAUCGCUCGGGAUGACAGCGCCGCAAAACUCGGCUGCAGUGACUGAAGUGACUUUCCACUCAACACAUUGGAAAGGAUAUCAGAGCGAGCACUUAUUUUUUCACUCGAAGGGCGGCCGAUGUAGUUUCUGAGGCUUGCUUUACUGUGAUGACCGGAGAUCGGCAUGAUAAGUGAGCCGCGAUGGACUUCAGCAUGAUCAUAUUUGCUCAGACACCGUCAUGAUUAGUAUGAAUUUUAACAAUUAUGCCAGUUUGGUUAUAUUUUUCAUCAUUUCUGUUUUGUUCUGUUUUGUUUUUGAACUUUGAACUUUAUAUACUAUACGAGUGUUGGCUGUGUUUGAUUUUCAUUACCGUACGUAAGCUUGCAAUCUAACUGAGCGUGAAAAUCUUUAAAACUCGGAAUGUCUAUUUUGUUUUUCCUUUGAGGAUUUUCGUAUCUGCCUACGUUUUAAUAACGUAAAUAACGGCGCCUGGUAUGUUUACAAACCUUUCUUUGGUUCUUCUGUUACUACUUGCCGGCUCGCUUGUUCCGAAAUUUCACUUUCAAUUAUCGGAAAAAAGCUAAAAAGAAGUCCCGGAAAAGGUCGAACAUGGUACAAUUUGGCAGAUGGCGUGACAGCUUUAGCUCAGUUCUAUGCUCUAUACUCUCAUAGAGCACGCUCUUUCAACCAAUGACAGCACGCGUUAUAUCCGAACUUUAUUAUAAAAUAAAUUAUGAUAUUGCAAGGAUAUACUUUUUUAAUUAUUAGAUAUUAUGUUAUUGGUUAGGGUAAGGAUGAACAUCAAACAACAUAUGUAUUUCUCUUAUUUUUGGUUGCAGGUAUUCUACUGGGGUGGUGGUAAACAAACUCCUCACAAAGUUGACAUGUUCCAGGGAGGUCAUUCUGCCCUGCAGGUGAAUUUACCUUCUGUUCAUUUUCUUUUACUCAUGUCAGGUUAUGCCCUGGUAGGCCAAGAUCAUUGUCAGUACAAACGUUAGAAUAUGUUAAAUAAAUUGCCAUGGAGUUUAGCAGUGGUACAUUCAACGAGGCCACCUGUUCCAACUGAAACAUUUUUGGUGUUUCGUUCUUAGUGGAUAGAAGGAGAGACCUGCAUAUGGGACAUUAAUUUGGCCCACUUGUGUUUCCAGGGUGAAGAAUACAAGGUUUAUUCUAGGACACAGGGAUUCCGCAAUGCAGUAAAGAAUUGAAGCGAAAAACUAGCAAUAUGCGUCUUAAGGUCAAAUAGGGCAAAAAAAAUGCGCCUUCGUACAAGAAUCAUUAUAAAGAAACAUUUUGCCUUUAAAACAAAGUGCAUGCACACUUAAGAAUUUAAAUGACAUCAAAACUGAUACGAGAGCAGCUUUAUCGCCUCACUGUCUAAUUUUCCUCUCUCCUCUUCGUUUCCUCACUGAAUAUACGCCGAAAAUACGUUCAAACACCUUUUAGGGCACCCAUUUCUAGAAUAAACCCUGGGAAUAAGGAAGCGCCACAAUGUCAAGAGGCGAACGUUCUCACUCCUGUGAUCGCGAUUGCCUGCUAUUUCAUUCUUUCCUAGACGCUUCACUCUCAGCACCUAGGUCUCCCCAGUCUCCCACUCAUCUACUACCCUUGGCACGAUAUGACAUGCUAUGAUAUGGGGUUACCGAUGUUGCUGUUGACCAUUUGGAUAAUGUUAAACGAUCACAAAAUGUAUGACGUGUUUAGCUCUCCCGGCCAGAGCUGCAGGGUACUAAUUUUGAGUGAUUUUCACAACUGUAAUCCAGUUUGACUUUUCUGUUAAGUCUGCAAUCAGAGAUAUUUUCAUUCAAUUUCAGCUUGCUGUUGGUCAGUCUCAUUUUGCUGUUGUCACUGUUGAAAACGAAUUAUUUACAUGGGCUGUAAGUAUGAAAUUUUCUUCAAAUUCAAAAUACCUUUUUUUUUUUAUUAGUAACCUCUUCUAACCGUCGCCUGUUUGUUACCCAGAUCAGUGAUUUUUUUUGUGUCGAUAUUGGAAUGGGACACAUGUGUGAGCAUCUUUAUCGAAAGUACUUUUUGCCCCUAAACAAACUGAAGUUCCUUUGGUUUCAUCAGCUGAAUUGAUGAUGAAAACUGGCCGCCGUAAGGAGUUUCUAAAGCUGAUGUUACGAGCGUUAGCCCUUUGUUAGAACGAAUGACGAAUUGUCAGUGCUCAAAACGCCAGUUUUAGAGAAUUUUUCCGAUGGCCAAUUUAUAAAUACUGUUGUUAAAACCAAAUUGUCUACAAAAACCUAAACCCUGAAACUGAAGAACUAAGUCGCUCAAGGUGUUAUUUUGGAAGGUUCGUCGAGAAACCAGAAUCGCUUUGUAAGUAGUCGGUCAAAGCCGAUCAGAACACGAAAAUAUCACUUUUAGCCAAUAGGAUAUGAGAGCAUAAACCAGGAAACUACCAGAAACAUGAGUGUCCAUUGGAUGUAGACUUGCAUCUGAUUUGUCGAGGAUGGUUGGAGUUUUCUUGACCAAUCACAGAGCCUUGUAAAGCAAUACCAGCGUAAUCCUGGAUUAAUUUCACCUUGAUAAUAUCUCUCUGUUUAAGAAUGCUCAUGGCGGUAAGCAGAUGGUGGGGCAAUUAGGGCAUGGAGAUACCGCCUCUUAUCGCAUUCCCAAACCAGUUGAAGCUUUACACGGAAUUCCUAUCAAACAAGUGGGCUGUGGAGAUGAAUUCACUGCAUGCGUAACAGGUACAGUUGUAUGUCUUGUAGCAACACUCUUGUGUAAGUUCAUCAAAGGUCGACAUAGAUCCAUUACGACGUGUUUCCACGAGAGUUUUCGACAAUAAAUUUUAUUGUUUGGCCAGGUAACUGGUGAGAUGAAGCGGAUCCAGUUUUCUGAUUAGCUAACCUAGAGGGAACAUGGGGUAAAUUGGUACUCUGUCUCAAUCUUCUUCAUCCCUAAACAUCUUGGCCCUCCUCUACUUUCUUCUUACGUCAGCGGUGUCUCUCUGCCCCAGCGACUCUAUCAACCUCAGGGCAAUCCUCUUUGGCUCCUAACGUUAAAUCGUUUUAAUGUAAUUCUUGACCUAAAAUCGAAUUCUCAUAAACCAAUAUGUAGGAGGUGUAUUAAAGCUGUUGGGGAGAAUUCUGAUACAGAUAUCCAUUUAUUUUUCACCAGAGGAAGGUGCUUUGUACACAUUUGGGUCUGACUACUGGGGCUGCAUUGGUUGUAAUAACGAGUUGGACGAAGAAGUCGUAACGCCUUACAAAGUGGAAUUCUUUGUUGAUAAUCCUGUGCUACAAAUAGCGUGUGGCGAGUGCCAUGUUGUAGCUGUUACGGGUUAGUUUGCAUCGCAUUCUAGUUGUUAAUACUGGCCCUAAAACUGAUAUGACCUCAUUUUGCCAAUCACAACAUGUUGAUAGGGCGCGGCGAUCCAAUCAGAGCUCAUGGUGAAAUUUUGUAAGCCGUGUCCUGCACGGGUAAAAUACAUGAACCGAAUCCGCCAUUAGUGUUGGUUUGUAUCCAGUUUGGUUUCAACCACUUCUUGACAGAAAACCCGAUGAAUUUAAACUAAACCCUUGCAAUGGCAAAUGAAGCGAAUGAAAGUACGCUUAAUUUGCCCUACUUAAGAAUAACUUGUUGAUCGUGUUCACCGUCGUUUUAACCUUUUCCUUGUUGCAGUUUCGAAAGAAGUUUAUUCGUGGGGUUGCGGCGAAUACGGUAAGUUUACCUAUCUCUGAAAUUGAACUUAAGCGAAUAAGGACAACGUUUUGCAUUCUUGAGUUUCCGCUAGGAAACAAUUCUAUACAACCUCACGUACUCGUUGUUAAUAUAAGUGGGAGCAUAGCUUUUCAGUCGUCUACUCCGUUUUUUAACUCGUGAAUUGCGCGCAUGCGCAAGAGCGAGUUAUAGAUAUGAUGUGGAGAAUGGCACUCGCUCGCUCGAUUGGUCGAUUCCUGUAAACUUUUUUUCGAUUUUAGGCUUUUGAGUGCAUUUGAUAGUUUUUGGCGAGCAAUAAACAAACGAAAUGGCGACCUUUAUUGCUAAGAAUAGUGGUGGGGUGAAAAAGAAGCCAAUGCUAAUCUCAAAAGAGUUUUUUUUUUCGUUUUAGUUUCAACAAGCGGCGCCAGCGACUGGCAGGCAUGCAAGGAUUCACACUUAAAUAACAGAACAACCUUCGCUUUUCAUAAAAUUGUAAUUUACAUUCCUUGAACUUGAAAACAAUUCGAAGAUUCAUUGAAAAUAUCACUUCCUGCGAAGCGCUCGGAGUUUACAGAUGUUCAAAAGCUUUUUCUGUCAUGGCGUGAGAUUGAGGACAAAAUCGAUCAUUACGUUUCGUAUCGUGUGUUUUUCCUGUGUGAAGUAACAAAAGAUGCCGGCGACUGACAAAAUUACAAGUUAUCACGAAAAUCAAAUAACACCUAAACAAACAAUUUUAGCUACCGAUUUUCAGUGAAUUUUUAAAGAACAAUUUUAUUUUAAGUUUCAAGACAAUUUGAAGAUUCAAAAUAAAUACUACAUACUAAAAUGCGAAAGUUAUACACCAAAAAAUUGAUAAAUGGGCCUGAAAUGAAAUUUUAUCUUGUUAUUGAUUAUACGUUGCCUAGCACGUGACUAAAAUCUACCCAGGCGGAGAUCCAAACUGACGGUGGCAGUCUUGGCUUAGUUAUAUCACUCAAAACUCGUUCCCGUUUGCCUCAUUUGAUAAAGAGGGAAUCGUUAAUGUUUUCAUUAAGAGAGUACUGCCAUGAUUUUCUAAUAUUUCCAAUGAUAGACAGUAAAUUUCACUUUUUACCCACAUUUACUUCCAACCUUUUCUUUUGAACCAGAAGCAAAAAUGAUAGACGUUUAAAACACAUGACAUCGUCCACCCUUGUCAAAUGUAAUAGCACGAUCAUUUCAGUUGUAAUUCCUUCUUAUCCCAACGUUAAUUUUUUCUUUGCUACGAACACUGAACUACUGCUCGUACUCUAGAUAUGACAAUCAACCACAAAAUUCCCUAAACCAGCUAACAUUAAACAUAAUCCAAAAAAUCAUGUGUCAAUUCAUGAGUUUGCUCACAGAGCACUUUGAUUUUUGUAAUCUUUGCAUGCCGUCAGGUCGUAGCAGUUUUCUAAUUCAGCUGUUUUUUUUUUCCUUUCAAGGUCGUUUGGGUCUUGGAAAUGAAGACGAUUGUGCUGCCCCACAAAAGGUAAACUGCACUGAUUUGUUAAAAUUUAUUUAUUUUGUUAUGACGAUGAAUCGGCUUCCAUAGAACUCUAUGCUCGCAAAUUACGGGAAGAAUUGAAAUCCCUCACUCGUAACAAUUCAAAUUAAUCGUACUCUUGAUGUAUUUUGUGCCAGGUGGCUGUACCACUGCAGUGUAAGGUUACGUCAGUGUGCUGCGGCUCAGAUUUUACGUUCUUGCUGACCUCAACUGGACGACUGUUGGGUUUUGGUAACAAUGAAGAUAAUCAAUUAGGACUUGAUACACCACAGUCACUCAGGAAAAGACAGACAAAGGUGCAUGCGUUUUACUGCUAAAUGUGACUCUUUAGCACAAAGAACUCUAGUUCGCUUGCCUCUGUGGAAAAUCCAAAUUAUCUACGAGAUUAAUUUUGCAAAAGAGGGAAUAACAUAAGCAUGAAAAUUCUCUGACUUUCUUCUACCAUUCUUAGUGCAAGUCUUGAAGCAGAAAAUUUAGCAUCUUAUUAAGAUAUUUAUAAACAAGUGAUUCUGAUUUUAUGGAGUACAAGUUUUGCGAUUAGCUAUUGAAGUUGUUCUGUUUUGAAUUGCCCUUUUUUUCUGUUGAAUUGUGCGGUGAUCAAACAUUCAAAAGCCGUUUGUCGUACCUCUACGUCAUCUAAUCGGUGACGUGUUUGUUUCAUUUUCAGUCAACCACAGGUCACAUACCAUACGUCACUCUUCCUAAACCUGUUAUGCCUCUUAACAAGUGAGUACUUUCUUAAAAAUACUAGUUUGCUCUUUCUCCUACAUUUUUUCGUAUUUCAAAGGCGCAAUGCUGAGGGAGGUGAUCUGCAAUGAAUUAGUAUCCCAGCUAAGGGAAAUAGAUUUAAUCUUAGUUGUCGUUGGGAAAAGCUAUGACUGUGUGGGCCCAUUUGCUUCUGUACAAGACGUAACGAUAAGAAGUUGCCAGGCAACCGUUGAAUUUAGUGGUAUUAAGAUUACGUUGACUGACACCGCCUUUAAUGAUGUUUUUUUUCUUUGUUUGUUUGUUUUUUGGUUUAUUUUUAUUAUUACUUUUUCAGGUACAGCAUAACCUUUGUUUCAGCCGGGAGAUCACAUUCAGCUGUUAUAGACGGUAAGCUUGUCGGCCACGGAAGGCGAAGUUUAGAAAAAAGGGGUCGCUAGCCCAUAGCUCAAAGUGUCUAUGUCUAAAUUUUGGUUGUUUUCUCGUUAGAAGAAUGAUCUGAAAUGACCUGCAAGCACUCUUGGUAGAGUUUCGAGUUCUACAUUUAUAUUGCUUCGUAUGCUGCCUUUUAUUGGUUGUAACUUAAGCGCGGAAAUUGUAGACGGAGAAACAGCUAAUCAGUGGCGCUAGAACAUUUCUGUGAAGUUGCUUCAUCAGGGUUCAGCCUCCUUAGGAGUUUCGAGAGAGAAAGCGAGCAGGCUGAAGUUUAUUAACUUUUGAAGAGUAGCUUCUGAUUGCUUUUUACUUUUGCACGUAAAUUUAAACGGCGAAACAACCAAUCAAAUGGGCUAGACAAAUUUCCGUAUUAUUGUCCUUAGGGUUGAUUCUUUAUUUUCUCGCAAGUUACGAGAUUGAACUCGAGCACAACGAAGUCACUUUAAUUUCAAGGUUAGCUUUCCGUUAACCUUUUUUCUUUUUGACUUGUUCACAGCCUACGGCCGGCUGAUAACAGUGGGGUCCAAUAGGUUUGGGCAGUUGGGGGUGGGGGAUUUCAAGCCCCGGGCGGGGCCCUCUAUCAUCGGUGGAGAAAUGGUCGGUAAAAAGAUUGUACAUGCUGCAUGUGGAGAUGACUUCACCGUUGUUGCUACCGCAGGUAAGCGAUUUACACAGGCUCAUAUAGUCUGAGUCUAUGGAUAUUUACUCGUACUGUUCUGUUUAAAGCACAGUCAAAUGAUGUGUCUGGAAAGCGAAAGUCCGUAACAACGGAGAGCACGAACAUACCGUUAGGCGAAAGUUCAACCAGAGCGAUGGUCCAGGAAAAAAAUUGAAGUUUUUUAGAUGUUUGGCGGACAUAGCGAUCUAGACCACCUCAGAUAUAGCGUGGAAAUCUGUAACAUCGUCGCAUUUCAAUUUUGAUUAGUGGCUGAAAGAGCGCAAAUCAAAUCAAGCAAUUCUGCUUUGAUAUCCAAAGAUGAAGACUAGCGUCCGAAACAAUAGCAUUAUACUUUUAGGACCGAGGAAGGUGUCCAGAAGUCAGAAAUAAAAGAGUUUUUUCGUCAAAUAUGUAUAAUCUCGUCUGGAGAUUUGCCAGGAGUUGUCCGUUAGAUGAGAACUGACUGUAUGGCUAGUUUUUUUUUUUUGUAACAUGCUCCCCUUUUGUUGUCUCAGAUAAUCAGAUCUACUCGUGGGGUAGGGGCGACAAUGGUCGACUUGGUGUAUUGACUGACAGCCUCGCACGGGCAAAGGGUGGAAUCCCGUGCACAGCUGUCCCCAGGCCUAUUUUUGGUGCCUUACACGUGAUGUCUUGCGUGGCGUGUAGACACUGGAAUUCUCUUAUCGUGGCUGGUAAAUAUGAAACAAUUCAUGACAUACUUUUGAAAACAAAUUUAUUAUAAUAGGAAUGGCCAUUUUUUACUUGCUCCAUUUAUUCCCCCCUUCAAAGAAAUCUUUGUGCAGACUUCGGCCCAGUAAUAGAGCCAUAUUUUGGUGUUGAUGUGCGGUCUCCCAGCGGAUAUUUUAGGUGAAGUGUGAAGAAGUUUACGAGGACUGGGGAGAGACGUUUAGCAUGGGUUCCUCACGCAACGCAUUCUCAAACAGAGCAAAGAUGGAGAGAAUCGUUUGUGAAAAAUGAGACUAACUUACGUGUAGCGAAAGAAGUGAAUGGUAUACAGGGUUAUGGUAUGUGUUUUUGUUUAAGUGAAUUUCAGAACAUGGAAAUUACCUCUCUCAUCUGUGAACUGAAUUACAAAUGUGAAAGAGUGGACCACAUUUUCGUGCAAAUUUUUGACUUCUUCAUUCUUAUUUCCACAGAACGUGUCCUCAGCUCGCGGACUGUCAAACGUGGAGGGUCCCAAGGACGAUCUCUGGAGUCACAGUCAUGUGAGUGCAGUUGCUAUUUCUCAGGGAGGGGUGGGAGACGGAGAGCAAUAGAUCCUUAUGACAUGCGUAUCAAACAUGUCACAACCUGUUUUUUGAUUAGCUUGUAGUUUGAAAACCAACAAAAACUGCAAAUUGAGAAAUGAAAUCCGUCUAAGUAUAGAUUAUUUUUCGUUAUUUUUUCCCCGUCGGAGGUCUUUUAGGAUAGACUCAAAGAUUAAUGAACACACCUAAGAAAAGAUAAGCCAUAUCCUCCUGAGGCGACAAAUUUUUAUGUACCUUCGACAGCGGGUGAUAACGGCGGAGAUUCAGUCUUUUCAGAGCAGAUGAGAUUGGACAUCGAUCAUGACAGUGGCCCCGCCCUUCCGAAUGUCCACUUUAGCGAAACUAAGGACUCCGGUGUGGGCCGCUCGCCUCGGGACCCUGGGCCCGGCUCCGGCCUCAGGAGUCUGGGAGAGAGCAGUGUACCACCAGCGUGGCUCCAGGAUGUAAGUUUUCAUUUAUUGUUACUCUCUUAAGAAACGCCUGUAGUCUUUCUGCUACGAGUGAUUUCGUUUCGAAGUAAAAUUUGUGCUAUGUGAACAACGGAUAAGUAAAGCAAACACAUUAACACUGGCACAAAAGCAAACACAAGGAGUGAGAAGCGUGAACCAAAAGUUAAAAUUUCCACUCUCAAGAUGUAAAGCUUCAUCCUCUGCACUGUCUGCCAAACAUCUCGUAUCAUUGUGACUCUUAGAAUGUGGUGUUACAUUGAACAAUAUGUCCUACAGAUAAUUCUUUUGUUCGUGACACCUUUUUUUUACUGGAAAAUGGAUUGAUAUUGUAAUGAGAUGUGCCAUUUUGGUCAUCUCUGGAAAAAAAAAAGAUAAAUAAUCAAGAACAAUGCUACGGAUUAUGAAGAUCUAUAACAUUUUUGUGCCCAGUUUUUUUAAGCUAUCGUUAAGAGAUGAAAGUAUUUUCAAUACCUCUUCUGCGACGUGUCUUUUUAAUCUUCUCUUUCUUGAAAUCCUCUGCUAUAUCACGUUACACAGUUUAACAUACCCGGCUCAGAAUUUUUGGAACUUUUAAAACUCAACUCACUUCCUAAUUAGUUGUUUGGAACUUACUUCCUGUUUCCCUUGUAGUGCUUUGCUAAGACUUUACGGGCUCAGUAACCGCGCCAUUUUGAUGUAGAUAACUCUGACCCUUCCUUCCCUCCUUAGGAGCUUGAUCAGGCGGAGUACAUUUCCAUUGGUUCAAGCAGCUCGCACAACUCCAGCAGGAGCCCGUCCCAGGCUAACACAUCCAGUAAUGAACGUAGUUUGUCCAAUUCUGAGAGCAGUGUCCCAGGCUGGCUGAAAAAUGUAUGGAUGUUAAAUGUGCACUACCAUUUGUUAGAAAUUCCAAUUCAGUUGUACUGAUACAUUAGUAUUUUUUCGGAGUAGUUGUUAAAUCAUCGGUGGGUUGAGUCUUUGUUGUUUCAAAUGAGUAAGGUAUUAGUUUUCCCUCAUUUCGCUCUGUUGUUGCUCAAGAAAACGCACACCUCUUUCUCAACCAUUCAAAUUUAGAUCUGAACAAACCCCUCCAUUGUUGCUCAUUUUUCCUUCACUGUAGGUUCUCAGUGGCCCCAUGUGAUUUUUUUCCUGUGCUCUGAUUGGCCAUAGGCACUACCUUGUUUUAUAUUUUACGACGCUUAAAUGAUAAGCGUUCAAUGAGGCGAUAAAGAGUUAUUGGUCCAAUUAAUCACCUAUUUUACUUUUACAGGAACUUCGUGAAGCUGAGUAUAUUCCCAGACAUGGCCCGUCACCAACUCCCCCUCCAAACCAAUGGUAAGUAAUGAAGCCACCGUCAACUAAGUUAUCAAGUUGUGAAGUCAGAUCCCCUAAUCGAAUUAUUUCAAAGCUCUCAUUGUAAUGAAUGGAAGCUAAAUGAUUGAACACCAAGAAAAAACAAGGUAUUAAAGAGGGAACUGGAUUGAAAAAUAUCUCUGGAGAGGUCGUCACACAGUGUGAAUAAACAAUUCUUGCGUUCUUCGAUCCUGAGUAUUAAGCUACCUUCCAAUCGUUCAUUGAUAGCGGAACUUGAAGCGCGCGCAGCGAAGUCCUGUACUUAUCACAAAUAGUAGUAACUCAUCGAGCCUGGAACAUUUUCGGUUGCAUUCCUAUAAACAAUGUUCAAAUGUCGGAAAACUUUCAAGUGGAGCAAAUUUAUGACUUAUAGUUGAUGGUCAAUAAAGCAACUACAAUUGAAACAAUUUCGAUACGUUGGUAUGGUUGGAACCCAUCACUUUUUUCAUUAGUUAUCUUUAUUUGACAGGAAUCCUAGCUUCCUUUAACUUUGUAAUAUUACUUUUAUAGUGAAAUCUCGAUGACGUCUGUAGCGGUCCAGUGUGAUCUUCAGCCAGGUUCGUUUGCUAUUUCAUGGCCGAUGGGAAAAUGAGUGGUCGAGUGACUCGCAAAGUCGAAUUCCAUGGCCAUUUGGGCGGUGUUCAUUUCAUAUGAAUUGGGGCGUAUUUUUUUUAAUCAAUUAUGUCUGUUCCAGCCAUCUUUCACUCGAAUCAAUGUUUUCAUCUUUUUCUUUUAACUUAGGUGAUGUUCAAGAAAUGGCAGCUCGGCUUUUACAGCUAGAGCAAGAGAAUGCAAAGGUAAUAGUUCGUUCUUGUUGAUGUGCCCGGAGUGAAAUUCUCACACCCAAGAUAAAAUAUUUGUCUUUAACGUACAGAAGCGACUAACAUAUAAUAUCAAGGUGUUAUAAGUAGACAAAGUCAUCAAUUAGAGAGUGUAAUAUUGAUGAGCCACCAAAUUCUCUCAAAUUAACCCCUAGGAAAUGCUUGGCAGCAAUUAGGGAGAAUCCGCUCUCAAAUCCUGGGAUUAAUUGUAUUUUUCGCGUUUUUAUGGUUACUUGCGUAUUUUAGGACUGAAAUAUAUCUCUCGGCUAGUGAAAGGGUAAUCAAUGCUGGAUUUCAAAAUUCACAAUUUACAACAUCCUCCCCUUUGAACCUGUGAUCAGGUCACGUUUUCUCGCCAAAUAAUGAACCGCGUAAAUACGGCAAAGUCCAUUUCAGGCACGGUAGAUAUAGAGAAUAAUGCAUGGGCGCGCGUAGAUAUGGAAUUUCUCUUUUAUAUCACACACACAAGUAAAAAUUAUAGUAAUUUCACACGUGUGUUGUUACGUCUUUUCUCAGGGCUGGAAAUCCUGGUAAAACAAGGCAUUUAUAAGUUGAAAAAUAUUUUUUCUUUCUCAAGAGCAAAAUAUACGACGCAAACUAACUUCAGCUAACUUUUCUGCCUUUACCUCUGUAGCUUAGAGAAACUUUAGCUCAGCAAAGUACCAAAAUGAGGACUCUAAAGCGAGAGGUACGUUUUACACGAUAUAAUUAAUUAGCCAACGCACACAAAUCACAUGUAAAGGAUGUUAGUUAUUUUAAAAAUAGCUUUAACGCAUUUCCCUUGAAAGUAAUCAGUAGUAUCUUUUGGUUUAUAUGUAUUAAAAAAAUCAGAAAAACUGACCUGUUAUACAUGAAAACACAGGAGGAGAGAAACAGGUUGAUUAGAUAGGAAACUCUUGUUUUUGAAGUGUUCGUUGUUUGUUUCUACACCUCAGAAUGCCACUUACAUCGCAAACCAGAAGAGGUUUUGGGAAUUAAUCGAUUCGUGGCACAAAGAUUGUCAACAAGCCUCUGCGCUGACUUCCGAUAAUAAAGCGGUAAUUUCGAUUUUUUUUUUUUUUUUUUUUUUUUUGGCGUAAUGUUUCUCGUGUUUUCUUGAAGAACAGGCAGUUUAAAUCGUUACGAUUGUGCUAGCAUCAAUUUAAAUGUGUUUUAUUUCGACUGUGUCAGUCUCUCAGUCAAUGGGGACGAAUGAAUGAGUGGGCGGGAAAGAGUCGGUGGGAUUUGUAAGAGGACCGACAGGGGAUAGGGCUAAUCGUUCCUUCCCUCUCCCGCUUGCCCAGCUUUUGCGGUCUUCCUUUAAAGGUGGUUUCCUAAGACAGGCUACACUGAAUGAUGUUCAUAAUGUAUGUACACAUUUCACUCUAGGAGAAAUAUAGCAGUGGUCCAGCUCACAACUUUACCGACUCCUCCGAUGAAACUUGGGAUGUGUGAUAUACCGGUGGAUAUCGCGCGUAUUUCCCUCGGACUCCGAAAAAGGGGUUUGUGACUUCAGUAGCUGGUUGAAUCUCAGACUUUCGUUAGAAACAGAGAAUUCAUCACCAGAGCUCGGUAUACCAAACCAUGACAACAUAGGUAGUGAUAUUUUCAAUAUGGUCAUUUUGUGUCUAGCACGACGUGGAGGCAAAUUUACUCUCUCAGUCAGAUUAGUCGAGAACCUCAUUCUUAGUGGCUGUGUAUUGGUAGGGAGUGUUAUCCUAUGGCUCUCUGUCACGCCAGGUUAGAAGGUCACGUCAUCUUAGUGUAACUGUAUGCUUAAUUUGUUGUGCCGUUGCACGUCUUGGCCAAAUUUCCAUAGCGAGAUGUGAGUUAAUCAGUUAUACAAUUUCGUAACCUAGCCACAUCUUCACGAGAAGUGAAAUUAGUGUGUCACGCAAGGCGGUAAGCCCUUGUUUUUUUAGCUGAGCUAAAAAACUGGCUUUAAUUAACGAUCAAAAACUAUGAGGAAUGUGAGACUGCGUGACUGAUCGAUCAUAAGUAGCGAUGUAAUUGACAUUUUUAUAGAAAAUUUGGUUAACUAUCGGUGAUGUAGCUUGCGAGCAGGCUCUCAUUACCAGCGCUGCAGCGCGAUUUUUUCCGCCCGCGAGAAGAUUGGAGACGAGUCGGGUAGAGGCCUGCCAGGGGUCUGGCACGGCUCAUUAGCAGUGCUAGACUACUUGUAGAACUCUCACUGGCUUGUGUUCCUCUAGGCUUCAAACUUAGUUGCGGGCGAAGUGAAAUUAGUGUGAUACGCUCCCACAGAAGGGCGGGUGAUGAGAGCCUGCGCUGAGGCUAUCAGGCUAUCAGUGAUGUAGUCAUGAAUUCAAAACAAGAUUUCGAUAACUAGGAACCCGCUAUUUGAAUUUAUUUAAUAGGUAACGGGGAUCUCUCUUGGAAAUUGAAACAAAGGCAACAGCGUUUUAUUUAUCUUUGUUUAUAUUUAAGAAAAAACUCCAGGUUGUAAAAUUUCUUAUCAGUAAUGUUAUAUUUUUUUAAGAAUCGAAAAGGUUUAUCAAGGGAGGAGAGCUGUUUAUUUUAUUGCAGAUCGCGGAAGUACAUUUUAUUUGUUCGAGAAUGAACGAACACUAAACAUAUGAAAAUACCUUAAAACAAAUGCACGGGUGAAAGCAAUAAGCACUUUAUUUAUCAUGAGAUGGCAGUAGAGCACGUAUUUAUAGUAGACUAGAUAUUGUAAUAUUUACUCAUAAUUAGUCAAUCGGUAAAUGGGUUAAAACUUGUAGUAGAUUUAUUUAUUGGACAGAGUAAGUAAGAAUAAAUUGAAUUCAAUCGUCUGUUGUCUGUCGAAGGCGAAUCCGAGAAAUUCAUUGAAAUAGCUUUUAGUUUCUUUGUAUGUACAGUCUAAAGUACUCAGCUGUCGACUGUAGAGGCAGUGCAAACGAAAAAAAAACAGUAAUGAUACUUUGUUUAUUGGCAAACUGUUUCGCUCCUUUCUCGUAAAAUCCAGUCCUUGAUAACCAUUGAUUUGGGCCAAAUGUUUCCAAAUUUGUCGAGAGCACUCCGUGUUCACAACUUCCACCUAUAAACUAUCUUUAUUCCCUUAUUUGUUUACUCGGAUUACUGAAGAAUUUGACCACCUUGGAAAACAAUUAUUGUUUGGUGGCUAGAGGAAUCGCUCCCACGCAACCUAAAUUGCAGGUAGUGCAUGACUACCAAUUUGUCACUUAGUAGCUCUGUGAUCAGGUUGGUGCUACCAACAGAUAUCUUAACUUUGUACUGAAGUGCUAAGGGCCUUUCCAACCCCUCAAUUUUUACAUGCAAGGUUAAUUUUAUUGUAGAGCAUCUGUCUACACCCACUUGUAAUAACGUUGUGAUGGUGAAAGCAAAAAAGGAAGACGCCAAAUAGAAAUUAAUUAGCAUAUGAAGCUACCUUCUGGCAAUUUGACGGCAGCCGCACAAGUUCCACAGACUUUCCACCGAAGAAUUAUUUCAAACUUCUAGACAGUAUUAGAUGCUUUUCAGAAAUUUCAAAAAUUUCCAAAGAUUAAAAAAAUAUAUUUAUAUAUAUUAAUACGUUAUAUGCCUACGCUAUAUUCUCACUUUUUUAAAUUUAGUUUCAAUUUUCCCUUUUCGUUUUUGCACUUUUCGAUUUCAGCGUUACAGCACUGUAAUUAGGCGUGUAUCACUGAACUAGUUUCCGACGUUGUGAGGUAGCGUCGUUAUGAUGACAAUAGGGACCUUAAGCAAACCACGACGGCGACGACAACAAGGACAUGGAAAAACAAAAGAACUAAUUUGCAGAACAAUAGCUCAGCACGUGCGUUUUAAAACUUUCUACAUUUCUUAGCCGUAUGCAAAACAACAUCGUGAAAUCUCCACAAUCUGCGUCUUCUGCGAAACGAAACCGCGACGGCAAAUUAUUUUAAUUCCCAUUCGGAACUCAACGCUUCUUUUAUACGUUAUGCUGAAGUUGAGGUGUGGCGCCGUAUGAGACGGUAAACAAAUGCAGCCAUUUUUUAAAUUCUAAUUUAGGGCAGAAAUUCAUUUUUUAAUCGAAGUCUUCCUUGGCGUUGCAGUUCUGACUGCUUAAGGUCCCUAAUGAUUUGAGUCAAAAACCCGCUCCUUGAUAUCCCAAUUUAUUGCAUGGGCUCCGCUCACUAAAUUGUGCUGUCAGGCUUUUUUCUUAAUUUUGUUUCGUUUGAGCGUGUGUUUGCCGUUCCAUAGAAAUCUGAAACAUCCCCAUCCAACCAAUAGAUUGCUGCGUAUUACAAAGACUAUUACACCAAUAAGAAUUCAGCUGCAAGCAAGACAUAGAUAUUAGGUCGUCAGAAGAUAAAAAGCCAAUACUUAAAUUAAAUGGCGACGCUUCAGUCCAUAACCUGUUUUGUUCCCCUAUCCUCCCGGCGCACUUUUCCUCAUUCACAUCGGCCCCCGUGCGUCCCUUUUUUUUUUGAUCGGUGCGAAAGGAUCUAUGGGACUGUUCAUCAGCGGCACGGGACGAAGUUACAUGGAAUUGGUUUCAGUGAUUGUUAUCCGCACACAAUGAUUUUAAAAGCCUCAAGAACCCCCUUUUCAAGUACCAUUUAGUAUGGAAGAUUUUCAGCUAAGUUCGUGCCGCUGUUGGUUGAAUAAACUUUCAGCCGGAUGCGUUCGAUUUCCUGUCGUGCCAUAUCAUUUCUCACUGAAUGGCUUUCGAAAUUAAUCACGCACUCUGUAGAUGGCCGGAGUAAUCUUGCAAAAAGAACAGCGAAAAAAAAUCUUUUUUUUUCUUUUUCCACUGUCAUUUUCGACAAGUUACCUCACGCGUUUGAGGUCACAGAAUUCUUCGUACAAGCAUUCGACUCGUGAAUUAACUGUAUGCGUUCUCAUUGUCAGGAACUCAACAGCAGUUCGCUUGUAAAUUAAAACGUUUUGGUUAUUGCCUUUGGCUAAAUUCUUUUUUUUGUGUGAUUCAGUGAUUCAGUGCAUCUUGAAUAAAGCUCAUGAUAGGAAAGAAGAAGUAUUUCGUGUUCUUAAGAAGAAGAUUUGCGUGUUAAAAGCAAUCCUACAGUAUUAAUCCCAAGAACAAAAGGAAAACUUAAAUACAUACAAAAUUUAAUUCUAUGAAAGCAAUCUAGAUGACCUUGCUAAAAUAUGUAUUAUUUCGUCGGAAGAGCUUUUUUGAAAGAGUUUACAUAGAGACGAAUUAGACUUUUGACAUUUAUUUAUGGUAAAGGCAGUAAACGCAUAUCUAAACUUUUUUUACCAGUUAAAGAAAUUUGGAAACCAGUCAAUAUUUUGAGGUUAGCCACACCUUUGCCUCGGCGGCCAUCUCAUCAAACUUUAUUUAAUUUUGAUAUUUCUUUUCUUUCCGACAAAAGAAAAGCCGAUGUCAACUGUAAUAUAUGUAGUUUGUGCAGUCCAUCGUCUCUCUAGAAUAAGAAAAACAAAAAGCUCUCUUCACUGAAGAGGCUUUCCGCAGUCAAGUUUUUCAUCGCCCAAGGGCCAUUUUUUACCACCAAACUUAUAGUUUUUUCUUGAGGCAAUUAAAGUAAUUUCUGAUAAUCAAUUUCUCGUGGUCACGAAAUAGAGCAGUGUCUCUUUUCUUCGCGAAAAUAAUGUUUUUUUGUUGAGUACUCCCGGAAAAAUUUCGAAUCUAAGACAGAACAAGAUUGACACGUAAAUCACACGCGUUGAAUUUCCUCUGUUUUGUUUACUUGCCAGCGGAUCCAGAAAGUUCGGCGCUUUAAGGAUGCAGACAAAAGAUUAUCUAGGAGUUAUUGAUAAUUCAGAAUUAUGCCAUUAAGAUUGGGAUAUUAAGACAAUGAUUGGCCACAGUGGUCAAAUAAUUGCAAUGUGUAUUACAUUUAAAUUUAAAACACCGCUUUAUUUGCUUUGCGAAAGUGAUAUUGUCGAAUAGAACUAAAUUAAAAUUGAAACUUCUUCCAGACCCCCCAAUUGUAAACAUCAACUUGUGUGAUGAAGACCGACGCUUUGAAAGUCUGUCUCCGUUGAGUAAUCUUUUCCUUGAAAAAACGUGAGUAGCUUUCAUGCAAUUAUUUAUACUCAAACUUUUUCUUUAAAAAUUUUUACUCUCAACUUCAAGAAACCGCUAGAGGAAAAUUUUUCCAUAUCGCGUGAGCGCCCCGUUAACAAUGCGUCUUAACGGGCUGCCAAACAAUGCAUCACUUCAGAUGGGAAGGAUUAAUUUCUAGAAAUCUUGGCCAUGUGGUGGGAAAUAUGAGACUUUCUCUCUCGAAUUCUGACAAAGUGAAUUCUUCUCUGUCAAUUCCUAAAAAUGAAUAGAUUCCAAGCUCUGACGUGGCUGCAUGAACAUGUCUCUACUGAAAAUGUUUUCUUGAAUUAUCAACAUUGCAAGAUAAAAUUAAAAAAACAGCCUCUUUUGACCUGUGAGCAUAAAAUGCGAAUUCCAAGCCAGUUUAGUUGAUCAAAUAAAUUUUAAACGCCAGAAAGCAACUUAGAGCUAAAAAGCUAUUCACUAUCUCAAAUUAAAUUUUUAUUCCUCCAAAGAAAUCAAAACAGUUAUCAACCUCAGGGAUUGUUUGUAAAUUCAAACAUACAUUAAUUUCAGUCCUAAUUUUAGCCCGAGUUUAACCGGACCUUGUUACUCAAAAUCACAAUAGUCAUUAUCUUAUUUAGAAUAUUUCAAGUCACUGAAACAUUUUAAGUGGUUUUUAUGUGUGUUUAUUUUCUAUACGUGAAUUAAUUAACAUGAAGCUCCAGGCUGAAUGACAGAAGUCCAAAUCUGUCUGCUUAUGUCUGAAGAUCUGAAUCGUAACGAAACAUCAACAGUUGACAGUAUUCAGUGUAAUAAUAAACCUUGGCGGCUCCUUGGAAAAUAUUCUGCAUCGCCCGCUUACGAGUUUCUGAAUUCGUUCCUUUUUUUUCGUUAUAAUAUUAUCAAGUGAGUUUGAUUUCAGAUUUUACUCAAUGGUUACAUCAUUUACAUUAUUUCAUCGAGUUUUCAAACCUUAGCCAUUUUUCCUAAGUGUUUUCCUUUGUUUGACUUUCAUGAUCAGUAUUUUGAAUAAUCAGCAUGCGGCAAGUAACCUCUGUCAUCUUUAAAUAUCUAGACUGGUUUCUCUUUUAGAUCGCAAUCGUUGUAAGGAGGCAGGCAGACAGUUCUUUCUCUUAACGAAUAAACAUUUUGUGCCUGCGCUUUCAUCAAGGAUAAUCAAGAUAAUUUAUUUUUUUAUGGUCUAGCGUAGUCGUCUCACGCAACCGGUUUCGAACCAGUUCAACCAGAUGAAAGGUGAAUCAUAUGAUUUCUAUAUGUUUGAGCAUUACAGCAGAAUUUUAUAGUAAGACUCCAGGAAAAUUGCAAUUUGAAUUACCUCCUAUUCAUUUUGCAGUUUGACUAAUUUCUCAGCGACGUAAAAUGAUUUUUUUGGUGAACUUUUCUGUUGUGGACGAACGAUACCUGGAUUCUUUGUUUGAUCAGUGUAAGACUGGCGCUUGUCAUCAAUGUCAAAAGAAAAUUAAGGCGAUCAAAAAAGUAUACACUUAUAUACGUUUUUGUCCUUGAUUGGUUCUCAGAAAAACAUACAUUUCACUGAUUUAUUAAUCAAUGCCGCUCCUCGAAGAGAAACAAAAACGUACCACACUGCGGGCCAUAGACGACUUUGUUCAGAAUGAACGCUGGGAUUGGCCAACCCUGUACUAGAUCCCUCAGGGGGUAUGUCGUUUCGCGCGGCUACAUCCUGAAAGAUACAAAAUUUUAACGAAAACCUUUGAUUUCCAAUUCUUGGGUUCCUGCAGACGGCCUAAUGAAGUUGUUACACCAUAAUUCCGUCUCAUAUCGAUCAAGCUAUGCCUAUAAGAGCUCAAAUUAAAACUCCAUUUUUCGGAGAAAAAUAAAUUUCGAAAAUAAAGGAAAUUUAAGUGUUAUAAGAGAUUGAAUUAGCUUUGGAGGAAGGGGAAAUGCGAUUCUCAAAGGCGACAAAACAGAACUUGUUUACUUCAACUGAGGCUUUGCCACAUCUGAGGCAUUACGUGGAUUGGUAAAUAUGAUUUUCAGUGUUGAUGUAUCCUAGAAAAGUACGGUUUAAUCGUAGAUUUUGUCUUUAAAUUUUUCAGUUUCUAGAAUUCUCAACAUAACCCUACGCGAUUUUAUCGCUGUGAAGUCAUACAAACAGCGGUUCAAGCAUGGUGAGGCUAUCGCUCAGGUCUCGUAAUACCAAGAAACUCGUUGGUUUUUUUGCUUCUGAACGGUCGAGUUUAGCACUUUUUUAAUAAAAAUAUAUUUUUAGGUCUUUUUUUUUGUCAUUUUGCUAAUAGCUUCUGGUACCACGUGAUUAUUUGGUAACCCCAACAAAUUUGCAUAUGGACUCAGUUCAUAUUCAGGGAUUUGCGUCUAAUGUUUAUUUUCAAGAAAAAGCAAAGGAGUAAAGCAAGCAUUAAAAAUUGGGCAAAGAAGAGAAAAAAAAAGGCGGAGUGUGCAUCAAGAAAACGCUGAUACAAAUGUAAUGGAAGCUGAAAAUGUUAUAAACAAAGGAUGCUACUAAACUGUGGAUUAGCAAACCGCGGAACUUCCGGAACAAGCGAAACCUGCGGAACCUAUAUUUUCCUUCAAAAAAAAAAGCUAAAAAGACCUUAACAUUGUUUGAAAGUUUGAUUUCAGGAUUAAGAGGAUUACCUUAAAAGAAAAAAAUUUUUCUUAUCUCCCUUUAUCUUCCUUGAAGUUCAACCACAGGUAACCCAGGCUCACACAGUGAGUCUCUGUCAAACUGCAAAUGUGUUCAGCUUGCGCGAUAGGCGAGAGCAUGGGAAUAAACAAUGGCGAUUUCAACCUUAAAAAGAACCGACCUAUUUUGAAUAGAGCCAAACUUGCCUCGCUCAAGUGGUUGUUCCUUUGAAUAGCCUGAAUUUCAUGGGCUAAUUUUUGGCCAUUAAGCUUGAUUUUAGUUCACCUCCAUUGCCCUCUAAUAAUCCUCUCCGAGGUAGGUCUGUGAGUUACGCCAACUGAACGAAUCCACAGGAAGCAAAACGCUGUAAAUAAGCUCCGGACGCGCAAAUCAAAUUUUCUAAGUAUCACGGACGAUGAUGUUACUUUAUGCUCGUGUUCGUCUUCUAGGGUCAUGUACAAUGAAAUGGGUUCAAAGGCCGCCAAUUCCGGCCUAAACGUUUACUGAGAGCUUUCGGAUGAGGCGUUAUUCGGAUAUUGCGGAACUCACUUUACUAACGCUCGGUGUAGGAGACUGCUGAUUGCUCUCUGUAACAUUACGUACUUUUGUUCGGUGAAUGACGCCACAAUCAAAGUCAGUUAUUUCUAGUCGGACGUCAAGGACGAUUAAGAAAAUAUUUCUCCUUUAACGAAACCUUCUUUAUACCCGAAAAUGAAAUUUCAAACACUGUUAAGGUCUUUUAAUUUUGGAUUUUACUUUAUUUCAUUACUUUCCUUUUACAGAAUUAUAUAGCUAGUUCCGCAGGUGGCGGAGGUUCCGCGGUUUGCUGAUUCAAAGGAACACCCGUAGAAAAAACGUUUUACCGCGACUCGGAAAUGUAAAUAAAAUAUUUUCUUCACUAACUUACAGGUUUAUCGUUACCUGUUUCCCUCGACCCAUCAUGGAUCGAAAGAAGGUCUGCAAACAUACACUUUUUAAAAACAUUUGAGAAGUUUUUUGAGGCUAAACAAUCAAGGUCGUGCGAAACGGGAUGAAAAAGAACUAUGGUUGAAAAUAGCCACAUUACCUGAUUUUCGCCAUAGCAUGCGCUUUUUUCGAAUGACAACCAAGAAUAGGAAUGGUGCUCCAUAAAUUCACAUUAUAUUGGGACUUUUAUCUGAGAAGGAGUGUAUGCUAAAUCGCUUCGUAGCUUUAUCCUGGCCUGCUUCAAUUAACAAUCAUUUUAUUAUUAUUUUUCUUUCUUUGAAAUCGCCUUUUUUUUCCAGUAAAAAAAAACCGUAUCUGACACUCCGGCAAAAUACUAAAUGAGCGAGCUUUUUCCCCAAAGAAUUAUUGAUCUAAUACGAGAGAAUAAAUUCUCUUGUUCAGUAAUAAUGUCCGGUUUCAUACAUGGUAUUUUUCGCGUUAUCACAAUAGUGUCACCCAAGAGAGGAAGUUUCCUUCCUUGUGUCACCUGAAUGUCGGGAGCAGGGAGGAAAUAUGUCCGGCUAUCGCCGAUUAUCGAUGAAAGACCCCAUUCUACAGCAACUUUUAUUUUGAUAUGUCAUGCUAACUAUCUUGACCUCGAAAUGACAGCUCGGUCAGAUAACAAAAAUUACCAAUCAAGUAAAAACAAACUAAGAAAGAAAACUUUGGCUCAGGAUAAAGGGGUAAACAACGACUGCACAGAUCGUCAGGGGUGCAGAUCUCGACGCAAAGAAUUCCAUAAGUUCACAACGGUAAAAUACUCACUAGUCUUAUCCCAGAUAAUCUAACGUAGUUCCUUAAAACUGUGGCUGCGGUUUUUUUUGGGACUGUCUCCGUCUCUUGUCCAAAUUGCAGCUUAUUAUCAAUCAUUUGCUUAAAUGAGACAAAUUUUAUUUGCCUCCGCUUUAUCUACUUGUUUAUUUUUCAUCAAUCGAAAUCGACGCUGGUCAUUUGCAUGUCUGGAACAUAUUUGAUUAAUUUUUUCGCUGAGAAUUUUGAUUUUUUCGUUUUACACUAAUCAUAAAUGAUACUGGCUAUUUUAUACUCCUGCACACUCUCUUAAACGUUUUCACAAGGAAAACAAGAGGAGAUAAGUUUGUGUCAUUCCGAUCGUCAAAAAGAAUCACCUUUCCGUGAAAAUAAUUCUUAAAUCAUUUUUCUUCAGGGCGGACAAAUAUUAAUUAAUAAAUAGCCAAGAAGAAAUCAUAAAGUCCAGGGUGACUAUGAUUAUGAUCGAUUGAAAGUUACGGUCAAGAAAUUUUUUUUUGAAGGAGGAAAAGCUUUGAAAGGAGAAACGUUGUUUCCGUACCAACACGAAAAGUAAUUCACGUCGGUUACAGUGCAAAAGGGUGCCGCUAAAAUUGGUUUCUUAAGGUAAUUGUUAAUCCCAUAAAAAAAUAUACAUACAUACGUAUGUCUCUUCUCUUGCGUAAUAACAAUAUUUUGAAAGAGUAUUAGUAUAUCAAGCUUAGGUGAUCUGUGGUUUACCUCCUGUAACAAGGCCAAUUAAAUUCUCUCUUCAACAUAACGUAGUCUCUGUUUUCAGACUCCACAUUAUUUUGUUAUUUCACUUUUUCUGAUUUGCAUAGGACAGAGACAGAUCACAGAAAGUGUUGCAAAGCACAUGUAGUGAUAUUGUUCUGCUUAUGAAAACUUUGGUUUUAUCACGUGAAUGUUGCCAAUCACCGACGUGGCCUCUUUGCAGUCUUUCUCUAGAAACAUGUUUAAAAUUUGGUUGAAAAUGUCGCUGUUUUAUUUUCUACUUUUCUUCAGGACUAUUCCACACAUUCAUAAAUGUGUGACAUGGGUUGAAUUGAAAGAAAACACUUUGCGACAAAACUGAAAAAAAAACUUGUUUUAAAACUAAGGUUUCCUGAUGUUUAGAAUCGUUAAUAGCAUAAAUUUUCGCACGCGAAGGCAGGUUUAUUUUACGCGCGCCUCAAACCAAUGUAAGCUUUUCCUCCUUCCACCACCUCCAGUUUUCAUUCAGUUGCUUUCUCGUUCCUAGCAUUAUUUCGAAAUGCCCUUCUCGAAAAAGCAUAUAGGCUAAGAAAAAUUAAUCACCAGGUUACAAAACUUCUUUGUUAUGAAUAUUGUAACAGGGAAACUGCCACAAAGGUCUUUGGGAGCGAAAUCCCAGCAUGGUCACAGAAACGGUUAUUUACGUUGGCGCUAACAUGUAAAAUGUUUGAAGAAUUUCGACAAAUUAAAAGGCAAAUGAAAUUUGACAACUUUUAGCACCAGCAAACAUAAUUUCUCAUAGUCAUUUGCUGGCGAAAUUAUGGUCGGGUCGAGUCAACUUAUUAUGUGUCUGUCUGGACAAACAUUCUGAUCCACAGAUAUAUUAAUAAACGUCGCUAUCUAUUUAAAUCCUAAUGGCUACGUGACUUUGGGUGUGAAAAACGGCAACGUUUGUUGAUUUACCUGUGAAAACAAUUUCAUUGACCGCUUGACUGCCUCCAAAGCCCAACUCUCUCAUGCUAUACGACGAUAAUUCACUGGUAAGCUAAUUUUGCUCAAAUUUUGAAAAAUUUAAACCACAUUUUUACUUCCAGGCUUGAAAGAUCUUCAGACGAAUGGCAUGUCUGCAUUUCAUAGAAACGUUUCCGUUUUGUAACCUGAAGUUCAUAUUUGUAUUGAAACGCAUGGUACACUUUCCUCCAAUACAGUUUAUUUCAAUCCCAUUUAAAUUUUGGGCGUGUUUAGCUUUUUUCUCCUUUCAGAUAGAGACAUAUUUUUCACAAUUUUCACGGGUUAAACAAUUUUUCGAUAUUUUUUUCUGACCAACUGUUCCACGUUGCAUAAUAGAUUACAAUUUCCUUACGCUUUGGGAUACAACUAUUCUUGAGUAAAGACAGAUGUGUGAAAGAUCUUGCUAUAAAAAGAACAAACAAAAAUUACCGAAACUAGCUCGCUUGUAAUACAACAGUGCCUUGAUGGCUCAGUUUACAGCUCCAGAGCGACCAGUCUUUUAUAAUUAGCGGGUGGAACGGAAGAAGUCCCAUCGAAGAAAUAUUUUCUACUUUUAAGGGGCUCUAUCUGUGGUUUACCUGCAGGUGAAAUUUCAUUCAAUUUCAUUUAUCUUUUUGGGAUGCCAUAUCAUUUUAAUUUCAACAUGAUUAUUUCAGUUCCCGAUUAAGAUUCAACGAUUUUUAACCCAAAACCGUCCCGAAAUAAUUUUUAGCUCAAACGGCUUUUCAGCUUUCUCUGAGGCACUCGUAAUUAUGCCAAGCCUGAUUCAUUAUGCGUUACGUGCUCUAUGCCUAUAACUUCUAACGAAGUUGAUGGCUCAAUGGUGUUACAUACUUGCUGUCCGUUUUGUCUUGAUUGCAUUUCCAAGUGAGUCUCGGAUUCAUUGCUAAUUUGAAAUUUCAAGUCGUCCUUCACGUUCCCAUGACUGUUACCAUGGCAGGCGGUUAGAACACUCAUUGUAAUAGUUUAUAAAUAUUUAAUAUCCAUCGGACAGGUUGCAGUUCCGUGAGAAAGGUGUCAAAAACUACGGCAGUCUUCGCUUAUAAAAGCUGCCUAUUGAGUGAGGUACUCUUACAAACCCGAGAAGCUUGAGGCCUAUCUGUUCAUAUUUUGGUAAGUGACCGUUUUGUCUUUUAGAUUUUAUUGAUCUGGUGUUUUUUUUGUCGUGGCUGAUAUUCCCGGGAAUUUUUAGAACAUGUCUGCUCCAAAACAAAUUAACUCCUUUACUGCUGGAAUAAUUUAAGGAACCUUCAGACAUUCUUACUACUUUGCCGCAACCCAUACUAACCUCGUGCCCUCAUCGCGUAUUAAACUGGCAUUUCUAUAUCAGAAAGUCUUUGUAAAUGUCCCUCAAGAUUACCUUCAGGGAAAUGUUUCUUUGAACUUUUGCGAAUUUAUAUUAGUAUUGCAUGCUCGGCCUAAAAGCUCGCAACGUGGAAACUAAUUAAUUUAUUUAAAUUUUUGAGAAAGAUAACAAGGCAGUGAAACGCGUGUUGCAAUUAUUUAGUUUGUAGUAAGAUUCACAGCACAUAUAAAUCUAUAGUUCCAUAAAUAUCUUUACAGCUCAGUGGAAUGGAAAUCUUUUAGCGAUAUUCGACUUCAAAAAGGCUUAUUUUCUAGGCAUAUUCAGUUAUCAGUAAAUUAACAUCGAUAUCCAGGGUCAAUAUCCUACCUGUCUAGUUUUACUUGAAGUAUCGAACACGAUAGAUAUCAUUCGCUGUAUGUGCGUGCAGAAGAAGGCGAUUUCAUGAACUUAAAAAUUAUUGUUUCAAUAAAUUACUUUUAAUCUUUUGCCUCCUUUAGCAGGGCUUUUUUCGGUUUAGUUUUCAUUUUUGAUUAAAAUUUAAAUAACACGCCAGACAUUCAAGUCUCAUUUCUCAUUGGCAUCGGAACAAUAGCUGCACUAAGUAAAUAAACGGGCAUGCAAACGUAUUUUUCUCAACCAAAUACGUCCUGUUCAAACCAAGAAGUAAUAAUAGUUCCUGAAGGUUUCAAUACCGCGAAUAAAUUGUGUCGUGCUAUGUGCCUAGUUUCAUUCUAGUCCAUAAGUUCAGUCUUCAAUUGUAAAUUCAUUCAUUUAUUUACUUUACAAUUGUUUUGUUUCAACUCGCCCGUUAAUUUAGCUCACUACAAAGUCACGUACGAGACAUCUGUAGUUUGAGUGGUAUGAGCGCGAAUCAAUUACUCUGCGUUAUUGAAAAAACCGACUUAUGAACGCCAGUAUUCUCAGCUGGCGUUCGGGGAACGCACAAGGUCAUUGAAACUGUCUCUCUGCGAACUGAAUUUUGCGUUUUUUUUGUUUUUUUUCUUUGGAGCUCAUAACUCCAGGACAAAGAAGCUCUAAACAUCCGUUGUUUCUCUAUUGACAAUAUCGACUCACAAAGAGACGUUUAUUUACUUUUCUUGAAGUAAGUCGUCGGAAUAAUAUCUCUCUUAGCUGUGCUCAGUUUUCUGGGCUGAAAUAUUACGGGUAAGGGUUCGGGUAGGGAAUACAUUAGCAAGCGAGCAGGCGCUUCCAGGCUUUUCUAGAACUCAGGCUCUCUCGAUUAAUUUCGCCUUUUUUAACACCUCGCUUUUUGUUUGACCGACGAACGUAACACUUCACGAAAAGAAUGGUAAAUAGAAAUUAAUAGAAUAUUGCCAUUUAAAUUAAACGGGAUUUUUCCUAGUUGCUGCCAGAAAUGAAUACCGCAUAAUUGGCUUGAAUCCCUUUGGGCAAUUUUCAAUUGAGGAUCGAGAGUUUUUACCCGACAACACUCUAUGAUUUUAUGACUGCUUUAGAAAACUCAUGGCACCGUGUCAACCAAUCAGAUGAAAAACUGAAACCAAUCGCAACCUAGUCACCCGCGUAUCCCCGCGCGCCUCAGGUAACUCGCUUAAUUGUUUUCAUUCUGAGUUCCUCAUUGGCUCCUCUAAGAUUUACUCCUUUGUUCAAGGUAGCCUUUUGGUUACUAAAAUUUUAGCAUGGAGAAACUCGAUAGAAACGCUUUCUAAUAGAACAAUCAAUUUAUUUAGCUCAUCUCGUUGUUUGCACAAAGUCUGUUUGCUCUUCCGCCAAUUAUUUCCAUUAAAUGCUCGUCAUAAAGCGGUUUUUGGUGUUUCUAUGUAAACGAAUAGCCUUUUUAAAACAAACAGUAACGAUCUACUUUCAAGAUCUCAUUCCAAAGUUUUUCUCUGUCUGCAAUGAGUCAGAAGUUUCAAGGAUAAGCUGUUAAGUUAAGCUGCCCAUUAUUACUGAUAAAUAGUGACACAGUGACAAAAGGUGGUGAGCUAAUGAUUCAAAUUUUACCACUUCUCCAUUUGACAACCGGCGUUCAUGUCUUUGUUGAAGCAAACGCGCUUUUCCGGCGCUUCAUGUUAGCCCUGACAACUGCUCCGGUUUAGUUUCUAAAAUAUCUUGUUUCCUCGCUAGCCCCCGUUUCGAUAAAAAAAAAGGUUGAUAUUUUCACAUGAGAAAAUGAACUUGCCAAGCUAAAGUGAUGGAAAUUUUAAUUUUGAAAGUAGAUAUGGGUGAAAAAGAAAGCCGAAAUUUCUCAAAAUUAUCUACUUCAGCCUAGUUACCAAUUCAACGAAACCGCCUUUUUCAUCGAAUAUCUAUGCAGUGUAGACACAUCUCCUUCCGUUAAGGUUCUGAGGUGUUCAGAGGGUAUCUUCAUCCUCUACAACUGGGCCAUUUCGAAUAAAACACGCAUGUUUAAAAGGAUUCUUUAAGCCAUCGACCACGCCUCGAAUAUAAUUAGCCGCCUCCUUUGAAUUAACCUUUCUAUAUUGUUGUGGCAGAUUUUACUUUCACCUUGGCCCGUGUUUCAUUCUCUAAACACGUUUUUAAUUAAAAUUAGUCCUCUUAUCUUGCCUCUCCUGUGUCUGCAAUCAAAAUUAUUUACAUAUGUCAACGCAAAAUAACGAAAUGAUUGAUCUGUUGUUUGGAGAGGCGUCCGAUGUGAUCUUUGAUCGGGAAAACAACAAGUUUGAUCUGUUGGCUUUUCUUCGCCUGUAUCUCGCGCAUUUGUCCUAUGAGAUUGGAAGAAACGGAACAACCUGUACGAUCAUAACUAACAGUAGCUCUGAACAAAAGAACACUGCUCCAUGUUCUCUAACACUGUCGAGUCGAGUGCAACCGGUACAUUUAGUGAACUUACGUGCCCAGCUAAACUUUCGGUAUACUUUUCAAAAAGGCCGGCCUUGCACGAAUAAGGUUUAGUAAGACCUGACCCUUCACCCGCGCGAUCACCGGAAAUAACAAAACUUCUCAUAUUGUUAUCAACAAGCGUCGGUUUAACAUAACAGAUUUUGAACGGACAUAUCCACCAGCCUUUGGCUUAAAGUUGCGACGAAAAAUUUUCAAGAAAUUUACCUAAACAAAUGAAAUUCAAAAGUUAUGCCCCCGCACUCAUCCGUAAAGAAAGAAUAAUACAUUUCAAAGUUUACCACCAUUCUCGUAGACUGACAUGCAGAUUAUUUUUGUUCAGCUCCGCCUGGUGAAAUUUCAGUAAUUUUGGUCUUUAAAUAUUUUUUGGUCAACAGGAUGUUGAUUGUUCCAGAAAAAAACAUUGUCGAUUGGACGACUACAUUUCUCAGCUCUUCGACUCUUUCCUUUUAUCACUCAUCUUUGCUGUUAUUCCUGUUACCUAAUCUGAGUUAAAAUAAGCCCAGAACCAUCCAGUUUUAUCUUCGACGCCAAAAGGUAUUUUAAAACGUGGGAUAGCUGGGUCGUACUCUUUCUUUUCAACAAGGUUGUGCAACUUUUGAGCAACGCAAUUGCGAACUGAACAUUUGCGAUUCAGCUUGAGUCUCAGUCGAGGGACAGCAGUUUAAAUCUUUUAUCAUAAAAAAAGAAAAAAAUUCUUAGUUCACCGACAUAGAACAUAAGCUACAUUUGCGAAGAAUCGAGCGCCGGAUCUUAAAUUCCGUUUUGUUUUUGCUCUCUCGGACAUCCAAUUCAAAAGGGCUGUUGUUCUUUAUUCCUCGUUAUUAAUUUCGUUUUUACAGGCAACUGAUAUGCCAUCAGCUCACUUUUAUAGAUCCCUUAUCACUUUCCCCAUACCUUUCUAUAUAAUGUAAUCUAGUUACAGAAGUUGCAAUGGUAAAUUUAUUGAUAUCUAAGAUGAUGCGAUAUCAGCUUACGCAUGUAUGUAUUGUAAGUAAUUCAAUGCAUGGGCGGUUGAUCUGUAAGGCUGUCGACUUCUGUUUCGAGUGUAAUAUUUGUAGCUAAUGAUAUAUUAAAAAUAUUAUUUCUUUGUCGUACUUUUGAUAGUGACAUCAAUGCCUCGUACGUUUUUCCACCAAUGACGUUUUUCGUACGUAGAUUAGAUGUAGAUGGUUCUCUUAGUUCUAAAGCCACUGAUGAUCCUAUAUCAGGGAAGGAAGAGAAACGCCCGAAUGACCUUCGUUAGGUAAUUAUGAGAUGAUGGACGACGGAAUAGAGGAAAAUCAACAACAGAUAUAUCUGCCUUGAUCUUCCUGCUUUAGUUUUGGUAAUUUUCCUCCUGCACUCAUUGAUUAAUUUUGUUUUUGUUACAAAUCAAGAGCGUUUGCAUUCCCUCCCCCCCCCCCCCCCCACGGCAUAAUGAGCUUCUCACUGCACAAAAAGAGAAAAAUCCGUGGCGUCAGCUGAGCAGAUCAUAGCCAAAGGCAAGAAAAAUGUCAACUGCAGUUGAUAUUCUCUUGCCGGCAGGUAAUCGUGACAAUCGUAGAGCGCUUAGUAUUCAGUUUAUUUUGAACGCGAUCGAAAUCGGUAAUUUUGCCCCUGUGAUCUCAAAUCACACAAUUACAUUUUGAACCCGAUGAAAUUCUUCAACCUAAAUUGUGAAAACGCCAGAUUCCACUUUCGCUGCGAAUUUGCGUCAUCGUUUACGAAAAGUUUCAUUUUUGCCGCCACCAAUCGUCAUUUUCAAAUUCCUCUAUUUUGGAGAGAAUGAAUAUUUGAAUUUCUUAGAGCUAAAGCUCUUUGUCAAGAUAAAAAUAAUCUUGUUUUAGAUAGUUUAACGUUUUGCCCAAAUUGAUAUGGACAUACCAUUUCAUAUCUAACCACCCUCCAGUUAGAUAGCGAGACAGGACGUACGGGGAAUAUUGUCACAUGCUUUAUUACACAAGCGGUCUGACUUAUUUGAAUAAUUCAGCCAUUCGUUUUCAUGAAACACGUUUUUAUUGGUCAACCUCUUUAAAUGAAUCAGCUUGGUACAAGUCAAUUAAGUAAAUGCCUGUUAGAUCAUUUUUCAAGGUUGUUUAAUCUGUUCACCUGCCGCUCACAUGUACCAUUUUACACUUAAGAAACCCUGAGGUGUUAACUCAUCACUUUUAUGGAUGAUCAAGUGAAAUCACUGUGGGGCUUACGAACUGGCGCAAAUUUAAAUUUAGGUUAUGAACUGAUUCAUGCAAAUCGUGUUUUCUUGGUUGUGUUGUGUUAAUGACGUUAUUAGCAAUCGAAAUGUUUCAAGAAUGCUCUUUAUUGAUUUUAAGAUCGCUGCUGGUGCGGGCCAUUGCCGGUUUCGCGUGACCGAUCUUUGUCCAGCCAUCCACCAGACGAAAUUGCUAGGUUAAAGCUGCAAUUGUCUGUCGGGAAAAACUAUUUUACAAAAUUCUUCAAAGAUAUCCCCGAGCUUAAGCCAGAUAAAGUUUCAAAUUCUCUUAUCGGAGAUAAAGUAAAGUGCAGCGGGCAUGUGAUGGGCACGAGAGUCGCAAAAUUGAGUUAAUAGCAACUCGGUCCGUUCUUCUUUGUGUCUGUCCCGCCCCCUCUACUCCCACCGGGCUAAGUGUCGGGCCAAAGAGCGACAUUUUUUUUGUUUUUACAGUGUUUUGUUUGAAUGAGGCACGAAUUAAAGUCCAAGUUCUGAAAUUGAUAAGUGAAUCGCAUCUCUCGAAAGGUCGCCCCGUAGAUUCCACGAUUCAACUUGUGAAAGAGAGCGCAUAAAGUGCUUAUGUUUGUGAAACUUGGUAAUAUUCAGACAUGCUAAUUUGUACUUUGCCAUUUCACGAAAAAAUCGAAUAUUUUAUCUUCGGGGUCACGGCCGCACACUUGUCACCGGCUGUCAGCGCAGUGAAUGGACUGUUUUCACUUACAGCAGCCAAUCAGAUCACUGCAAUUUGGUCCCAUGAGCUUUAUUUAGUGCUCCAGGGUGUUCAUUUACGUCGCUUGCAAACUUCAACUGGAAGCAAUAACGUACGAUGGAAUCAACAUUGUGAAUUCUCCGGCUUUCGCUGAAAGGUAUGCCUUUAUUGAAACUUCCUCGUACUUGCCUCGUUGAGCGCAUUUAGUCUUAAAAUGUUAAGCUCUCUAAUGUCGAUAAACGCGAUAAAUGUGCCUUGUACACGCACUUUGAGAAUGACACAUUCACCGUGAACGGUAUCGUCUCAAACGUUCUUGGCAUUCUAAUCGUUGUUGUUUUUGGUAAAGAAAUAUUUUGAAUCGAAUGGCCGGUGGUGCCUUCGGUACUAUCUAGUCCAAAUUUAGGUUGCCGCGGGGGAUCGAAAAAAUAGAAACGGCGAACACGCAUUUCUUUGUCAACGGCACCUGGUCGUCAUUGUGAGUUAGAAAUGAACUUUCGUCAUGAAUUUGCCACUCGUCAGCCUUUCCUCUGAAACUUCUAGCUUCGACAACUUUCUUCAAUUUAGUGUUUCAAUGCCUGGUCGUUAAACGUAAUGCUAGUACUUUUAAGAUAAAGCGAAAUUUUAAGUAUUUUUCGAGGGCCCAACCACCCGUCCUCUUUCCUGAAUUUUUUAUGCUCUCAGAAUUGUACGACUUCCCUCUCCUUGUGAAUUAAAGCUUUCCCCGACCGCGUUUAAAAUUUGUGAAGUUUGCUCGUAGAAUUGUGCCUAGUCUAUGUUUACCUCUGUAUUUUCCUUCUUGGUUCGCGAAAUUUAUCCUUACCGUCAAACUCGUGCAAUGACAACGAUGGUUGAAGCUUGAGUUUAGAUAGCAGACCUCGUUCUAAAUUUCGAAUUGUGUGCUGUUUUCAUUCGUGUGUUGAUAGUUCGUGAGCUCGUCUAACUAACUUUUACAGUACUUUUAUUUUGUAAACGGAGGGCUAUAGUACAAUGUUUAGCUUGAUAUAUCCGUUUAUAGAGGAAUGGUAGGCAGCAGUGCCGGUUAAGCUCAUGAAAUAUAAAAUUUAGUUGCAUUGACGAGUUGUCUGGGAUGAUCGCUAUCCAACCGCAAGAAAGAGGUAAUGUAUUUCAACGAGUUUUGGACUCUUGCUGAGAAUAAUAAAAGGCUUGAAAGAACUUUAGAUUGGAAAGCAGUAGCCUUGAUGUCGUAAAGUGUAAUUUUUCAUAAAAUAUUGUUUUUCUUUCUCCGAAUAGGGCGUCGCGACGUCAACAUAAUUGACGCUUCUCGCGGGAAAAAGGCUCUUGUUCCCGCCAUCAAACAGUUGAGCAAGGAUUUCUCAUCAAGAAAGAAAUGCUGAAAUUUUUGGCUCUUAAGUUGAAGAACCAAUCCAUCAAUGAAGUCAAGCCUUUAGAACCACAGGUAAAAGUACGAUUCCUUUUCCUUUGCAACACGGUGUUGACACGAAGCUCAUUUGUUCUUAUGUAUUGAAAACUAUCCGUGCAGUUUAUUUCAAUUUCUUUCAUUAUUUUUCAGUUACUUUUACAAGAUGAGUCCGACGUAGAGGGAAGUACAGACGAGGACGACGAAUUAAAAGAGAUAAACGGAGGUAAUUGAGAGAUUUUUUCCCUUUUACAUUUAUUCACAACAACCAAUCACUAAUAUUUGUCGAUCUCACUUUCGCCAUCAGCGCUGGCCGACAAACCUUUGAAUAACAACUAUGUGCAAGAUGAACCGCUGAAGAUCAAAGCGACAGCUUUCGCAGGACUUGAAGAGGAAGCGGCGAAAGAAAAUAUAUUCACAGAGAGAGACUCAAAGGGGGACAACAGAGGCAGUUUCUUGCCGAUCGAUAUUCCUCUAAGGGAAAGUGGUGCACCGGAAAAGCGAAAGUGGUCUCAAGUAAAUGCUCACAAACUAUUGCAACAGUUUGCCUCUGGAAACGAUAGUUCAUCAAGCGAUGACGAAAUUAAAGAACUGUGCGGUAAAAGUAGUGGACCACUUGUUCUCAGCUCAAGUCCACCUGGCAAGGUGACUGUUCUGUCGAAACAUUCUGCAUUUUCGUCACGAGUGCGGCCCACUACAUUCACAAGUGAAGGACACUCGAGGAAAAAACACCGUCUUGUUUUCGCCGAAGACAAGGGAUAUUCAUCAAGACCAUCAUUAAAUUUCGAGAAAAUGCAACAGGUAUGGUUCACAAGGGGUGAAUUUUCUUCAAAACAAUGAGUUUUAUUGUUUGAAUCUUGUGCCAACUCGUGCAUCGAAUCUGCCAUUUAGCUAUGAUGAUAUUCUUUUCAUUUGGAUCCGUGAAGCGUAAACAACGCAUUUUAUUAAGAGCAGCAAAAAUCCUUUGAAAGCAUCAGAUUUAAUUGCUGUAUUCUCUCGAUACGUUAUUAGAAGGUGCCAAUUUUGUCAGCCCUUCUGCAUUUUUGAUCAAAGUAAUCGUACAGGGGCAAGAUUUUCCCUCUCUCCAGGAGUUCUAUUGAGUUUUUUUUCUUUGUACUUGUUUUCUCCAGACUAGCCACCACCAGUGUGUUACUGGAUAACAUAUUACGUUGCCCUGGCUCUGAAAUUUUAGAAUAUGUGAUGAAUUGGCAGAUUCCUCUUCACAAAGCAUGCCUUUUGUGUUUAUUUGUAUGUGAACUCAACCUUCUGAAACUCGUUGAAAUGUUUUGUUUGGAUUAAUGGGAAGUCAAGAUGUGAUUGGCUGGGCAAUUGAAAAGAAAAUUUUAAGGGUGAAAAAUAAUGUUAAACUCCGUUGAAUGUACAUGUCAACUUAUAAUUUGUCAAUUGAUGGUUGCCAUACCAACUUAAGGAAUUUAGCUGAAGUCUCUUUGUCAAUACAAAUAUUCAGUUAAUCCCAUGUGGUCCAAAUUCUUUUGAUGAACUAAGUAACCCUGAAAUUGUAAUUUUACUCUUGAUGUUGAUAUUGUUUUUCUGAAAAAUUGCAAAUUUCCAAGGGAUAACUAUCCUUGUUUGAAGACCUGUCACUUAGGCAUGGAAUCUUGCUAGUACACAUUUGUGUUCACCACCAGGUUUUAGGAUAGGAACAGAAACCAAUCGCCUAUUCUCACAUCUUGACCCUUGUUGAUUUUAAGAGAAUUACAGCAUAGCCCUUGCAACUAAGAUUCAUUUUUUUUCAAGUCUAUCUUUUACAACAAGUGUCAUUCUCUUUUGACACUUUCUAUUUUCAUCUUUGAACCAAACUGUUAGUGGCAUGUGAAACUUGACCAUACAUUAGUUGGAAAUGUUUAAGGGGUGAACAUAAUACAUGUGUGGACGAUAAUAAUAUAGGGUCUGAAAUGGCAAGCAGCUGGUUGUCUACGUGACUGAAAAUUGACAGAGAAUGAUCAGAAUUUUAAUGUUAGUUGCCAGUACGUGACUAACUCAAAGACCUGCUAUUGUUCCUGUAGACGACAGAUCAAGAAAUUACAAUGUCCAUCACUUUUUUUAAGUGGUACUUUAUUUACUCAGUUUACUCAAUUUACUCAGUUGUUUGAUCAUCCACGAGUUUGAAUGUGUUUAAAGCAAACAAAACAUCUUCAAAACUCUGCAUUUCUGUAUUUUUACUUAGAAACCAGAGUUGUAAAUUGUAUAAAGGACCAAACUAAUUAAUUUGGUGAUUGGAUUAAAAAGGUGUAAUUACAACUCGGCACGGGCUAUAUUAAUAACUUUUGCUAUCAUUGAUCAGGAUUUUUUUUAUCUCUAGAAAUCUGUCUUCAUAAAGAAGCACACUCAUGGAGUGUCAAGACCCAGACCAGUUAGAGUAAGGGUAAGUUCAAACAUCAGUAUUUAAAUUCUCAAUACUUCUCUGUAUGCAUUUCCUAUUGUAUAUACAAAGAAUUUGUCCAACGACCAACAGUUUUUUGUGUUUGCUAUCAUGUUCUUUAUUCUCAUGACCUUAAUAUUUGAUUUAAGGGGAUACAAUUGGGAGAAGUUUGAUGCUUGUCACUUCUAGAGCUUAAAGGGUUAGCUGAACAAACUGUUCAGCCUCCAGUGCUCCUGUGAGGUUAUUCAAACAAGAUGCCAGGUUACAUCUUUACAGCUGUAAUUUGGCACAGAAGGGGUACUUAUGGUAUUAUGUACUGUUUACAUGAUUUGAUGCAAACACUUGAUCAGUUUCAAAGGAAGUUGAACUCACCUUAAAUCAAAGUUAUUUUUAACUUAUGUUGAUAUAAAAUGUAAAUUAAGCCUUUAACUCCCAUGAGUGACCAAUACAGAAUUUCCCCUUACAAUAGCUAUACAAUAUCAACCAGAUAAGUGAUGAGAAUAAAGAAAAAGAUCAAUUUGGGGAUAAUCAGUUGAUCCAAUACUAAAUUCCCUGAACUAACAUUAUAAGAAUUGUAUGGUUGAUAGGGAGAAUUACAAAUUUGAUCUGGGAGUUUAAGGGUUAAGUAUGAUGCCAUAAAAAAGCAUGAAAAUCUUGUUUUAAAUUUUAGGCAGAUACUGCCGGAAAGAUGAGUGGUUUUGAUAUAGGAAUUAAAAGAUAUAUAUACAAUAGUGUUGUUCCUAUUUUGUGAUAAACUGUAAUUUCCUAAGAUGCUGACAAGGAAAAUUAGUUUGAUUUGUGCCUGAAAGUGUGAUUCAGAGGUUUCAGUGGAAAGUGAAAUUAGAUGUUAUUUAAGCUUAGCAGCCAAAGAGUUUAUUGAAACUUUGAGUGAAAGAAAGGAGAAGUAUUUAUUACAGUCACCCUCACUUACAUUAGCCAUGUGAUUGUUCAUUAACACUGUAACACUGUAUUGUUAUGCUUUAAAAUUUCAGGGUAUUCCAAGUGCAAGACAUAGUCGCAUCUAUGAUCCAGCAGUACUGUCCUUCAAGCCUAUACAGAUGAACCCAUCAUUUAGUCUUGCACCUGUUGAAGAACCUGGCUUUGCCUAUUAAAAUGCCUAAGCUGACCUCUUGGUGAGAUUUUGUGGCAGAGUACUGCGUGAUUAACACAGAUGUGGAUGCGUGUAGUUUUGGAGUUUUCAUGUGUUUUGUGCAGCUCUUCAACAUAACUGAAUCAUUUUGAUGCAGCUAGAGAGUCUUGUGUGUCUCAUCGCCUCUCCUUUGUUCACCACUGACUACUUGCAGUUUUGUACAAGUUGGGGAUCUUGAGGUUAAAGAUAUUCAUUUAUCAGAGUGUUGAUGUCGGGAUUUUUUUGAAUCAUCAUAAAGACAAAAAAAAAUUCAGCGCCCAUGUUUUCAGGGCUCAUCAUUAGACAUUACUCCAUUAUUUGGAGCAUUUAGAUAAAUAUAAUUUUAAAGACAUGUAUAAAUUCAGGUUUCCACUCAGUAGUUGUCAUUUAGCAGUCACUAAAAUCUGUCCAGGGUAAUAUCAAAAGAGAAAAAGGGUAUAAACAGAGCCUUUAAAAAUUACCCUUAUUAUUGCUACACUGCAAAUUCAGGUUUGUUAGGAAUUUACCUUUCCUGUGUAAAACUGCUUGAUUUUCUUUCACUGAAAUAAGCAGUUGUAAACAUGCCCUUUUUUUUUUCUUUGUUGUUCUUCUUCCCACCAAAACUUUAAAAAAAGAUCUUUGUGAAUUUUUCAAACAUAUCUUCAAACUACUUUAAAUCUAUUUUAACCGGCAGAAAUUUGAUGAGGAGCACUGUGAAUAUCUCCCAAGAUUAAAUUUACAAUUCCUGGUAUUAAGGUUUUGAGAUUUUAACAGCUGUUCAUCGUAAGAGUAUCUCCUGAAAACUUAAAAAUUGCUUGCUUUUGCUGAAAGUAACUCAGCACACAGCUGGUUAGGGGUUUCGUUGUUAUGUCAAUGGAAGGAAGCAGGCUUCUUUCUCCUUCUGUGAGGGAAUUUGAAAACUUCAACCUACUUAAACCAGUUGUAAUACUUGUACAAUACUAGUUACAAUUACCAAAAAAUUUAUUGAUAGUUCACACUUAGAUACAAGUGGAAAAGGUUGAUUUUUUCCUUUCACAAAAGGAAACUGCAUAACAAAGAAGACAUCAUUAGAUCAUUUGCUAAGAUGAUAAGAUUAGGAAAGAGAGAGCUGCUUGGAGACAGAAAUGAAUAUGUCAAGCAUAAAUUUCAGUUAAUUCCGAGCAGUUAAUAUCAUUAGCAUAAAAACUAAGCUGGGUAUCAUAAGGGGGCAGGUCCACUAGGACCUUUAGAAAGGUUGGAAUUUAUCUUUCAUAUUCUUAACAUGUUGAUUGAGCUUUCUUGAUUACAAAGCUUGGAGAAUCAUUUCUUCUUACUGAACCAGUAUUAUGUCUUUAUAAUUUUCUGUACCUAUUCAGACACGUGAAUAUGAGUGAUUAUUUUGUAGUGUUACUUACACAUUUUAUUUUUAAUGUAUGAUUUCUGUGAAAGUCUGAUAAAACAGUCAGUAUUCUAAUAUGGUAACCAACAAAUAUCCACUUGGGUAGAAAUGCCAUUGUAUACCAGAACAGGUGAUUUUCCUAUAAUUCUAGAGGAAAAUUUUUCUUGCAAGUAACUUAGGGCAAUCCAUGUGGUGUUGUUAAGUAAACAUUUAUUCUGUGUAGGUACCACAGCAGUAAAAAGGUGGUUUUGUUUACACAAUUGUUUUAGACCUUGAGAAGUGGGAUGUCAGAGUGUUUUGGAAGUGUUAACAUUUUUUGAGUGGUAGAGGACACCAAUGGCUUUCUCACUAACAACAUCAACAUCCUUAGCAUAUCUUUAUGCAACUGGGUUUUUUUUUUUUUUUUGGCAAAUUAUGCAUUUUUCUUACUUGAAGUUUUUCUUUUUUCUGUGAUUACAUUUUCUUUUUCGUUAUAUUCUUGAUUCAAAUUCUUUGCUGCUUGAUUUCAGACACAAUAUUAAACAAAACAUAUCCAAACCUAUGAAAAGGUAUGGUUUAACUGUGAUUUAAAAUGAACCUCAACCAAAACAUUCCUAGUGAUGAUUUUAUUUGUGUAUUUUCCUGUGAUAGCUGUUCAAACUUGUGUGUGUUGUGAAAAAGCCAUAAUCGGUUUGAGACUGAGCUUUGUCAUUCAAUGGGUAGUUUGUAUAACUGUACACUAAAUAUUUAUCUAGUUAAGUAUAUUUAUACAGAUGUUUGUACAUAUGUAUUUUAUAAUUAUGAAAGAGUUUGUCAGCAAAUAUGUGAGAGAGUUUGAAACUUAGAAAGAGUAUUUAUUCAGACAGAGACAAGCGUUGUAGAACUUUAUACAACACAUAGUUCAAGGC